AUGCGCUCGAUGCGCGCAGUCGGGGCUGUUCGGAAUGGCGCGAUUCACACAUCGAAGCGUGCCGCUUCCUCAAGCUCGACAGCUGAAUCUCCCUUCGGAUUGAACCUUGCCGGAUCUGCUGCCACCGCCGUAGCUGCUGGCUCGAUUGCCUGGUACUAUCACCUCUACGGCACCGAAUUGCAUGCUAUGACACCUGUUGAAGAAGGUCUUCAUGCUACAAAAUACCCUUGGGUCCAUGCCAAAUGGACCAAGACAUUUGACCAUCAAGCUCUGCGCCGUGGAUUCCAAGUCUACCAAGAAGUCUGCUCUUCGUGCCACUCUCUCAGCAGAGUCCCAUACCGGUCCCUAGUCGGAGUCACACACACAGUCAACGAGGCAAAGGCAAUGGCCGAGGAGAACGAGUACGACAGCGAGCCUAAUGAUGAGGGUGAAAUUGAGAAGCGACCUGGAAAGCUUUCCGACUACCUUCCAUCCCCAUACAAGAAUGACGAAGCUGCUCGUGCUGCAAACAACGGUGCCCUCCCCCCCGACUUGAGUUUGAUGGUUAAGGCUCGCCACGGUGGAUGCGAUUACAUCUUCAGCUUGUUGACCGGAUACCCUGAGGAGAACCCAGCCGGAACCAAGGUCCCAGCAGGAUUGAACUUCAACCCAUACUUCCCCGGUACCGGUAUCGCCAUGGGCCGAGUUCUAUACAAUGAUCUCGUUGAGUACGAGGACGGGACCCCAGCUUCAACAUCACAAAUGGCAAAGGACGUCGUGGAGUUCCUGAACUGGGCUGCAGAGCCAGAGAUGGAUCAAAGAAAGAAGAUGGGUCUCAAGGUCUUAGCUAUCUCUGCGACAUUGUUUGCAUUGAGCGUCUGGGUCAAGAGAUACAAGUGGGUGGCAGUUAAGACGAGAAAGAUUGCCUACAACCCACCGAAGAUGGGAGGACGUAACGGUCACUAA